AUGGCUCGCAUCACUCGACCCCUCAUAUCUCUCUCCCCACUAGACCCCGACAUCCGCCUCUUCCUCUUCGAAACCUACGUCGAUUCUCUCUCCGUCCCAUCUUCGGCGUUUUGCGACGUCCUACUUCUCAGCCGUGACAUACACGACAAGUACCUCCCACGACUAUACUCAAGCAUCUUUUUGGGGGCAGAACGGAGCCAAAAAUUUUGUAUUGCCUCGGCUACCGCCUUGAAGAAACCCUUCGUCCUCUAUAACGAAAUCUACCCUUCUCCAUCACAUUAUGGAGACCAGCGCGUCCUAUACCCUUUCGACCCCCGACCUACUCGCAGAAAGCCUUUUACGCUGGUGCGAAAGCUCAUUAUAGAGGAUACGGUCGGCCUCGAAAAGCUCGAGUACCUCCAGUGCAUCGUGAAAGAUCAUGUUAUGGCGAACAAGAAGCUCCCGAUGCUCGGGGCGAGUAUCCGUCUCUUCCCUGGCCUUCGGUGGCUCGUAUUCCCGCAAGGCGCCUCGGACAUCCCCCCAGGCCGACCAGGCGACCUUCGAAAGCUCCUGCAGUACGAGCUCUUCUCUUCCAGCCUGGCGCCUUCCCAUAUCUGCCUCACUACGCCAAACGCAGACGAGAGCGAUUGGAUCAUCAGUGCUCUCAGAGUCUAUAUGCGUCAAAGCUCGCACGUGUACAACACCCUCUGUUUACACGGAUAUCGAGGGUACAGGAUGAUGACGAUGGGAGUGAAUCGGAUGGAGAAUCUGAGGAUAUGGAUGGACGAGCCGUGGGAUGAAUCGGAUCGGAGGAGAAUGGCAGAAGAGCAUGCCGAGGAGAUUUGGUGGCUUGUGGCCUGUAUGGCUGAAAGUGAGCAGAGGUCUGACUGGGUCUUACCAUUACCGCUCAAGACGAUAGAGAUAUACGGCUCUUUCGCAAGUCAGUCGACGGUAGAGGACAGGAUUCGGGCUUCGUUUUCGCCAGAGCCGGCAUGGCUGGGAGGCCUUGAAGUUCAUGGAUAUGGAGAGGUAGAUGCUGUAUGCGAGGGAUGCGGGAUGGGAGCACGGUCAAGGUGGGACGAGUGA